CCCAUUGCCACUUUUCCACCCGUCACCAAUCGUCCCGUAAUGGCCCGUGCAAUGUCCAUGGCUCCCCCGCCCUCUCCCCGGGAGACCAGACGGUCAGGUCGUCGCUCAGCACAGUCUGGCUCGACUGGCUCGUCUAAAUCUCCGGAUUCAGAAACUGUUCCUCGUUCGAAAGACGGGUCGCAGCGUCCAUCCCUUUCGACACAUAAUAGCAGCAGCAGAAACAAGCGCCUCAAGCAGGAAGAGGCAGAUGACGUAGUCAGUGAGCGAAAGAACGGUCAUGCUGGGUCUACAAGUUCGUCGAGCUCGACCCAGGGUGCAUCUAAUGGUCGCUCGCGACGCAAAACCAAGGACAAAGACAAGGACAUCCCAGUAGAGUAUCCUGCUGAUACCAUCGCUGAAGAACCUUUACAAGAAGCAGGAGAGGAGGAGGAGGAGCAGGGCAUCACACGCUGUAUUUGUGGCAGCACUGGCGAAGACGACCCUGAUGCAGGUGAAUUCAUGGUCCAAUGCGAGACAUGCAAAGUAUGGCAGCACGGCCUGUGUAUGGGUUACGAAUCGGAAGAUCAGCUCCAGAACGACGACUAUUACUGCGAGUUAUGCAGACCCGAUCUUCACACAGACCUCCUCAAGAAAAAGACCCGCAAGGCCCGACAGUCCUCUACAGCUUCCCACCAUACAGUGGUCGGGAAUCGUUUGUCCCGCUCGAGGUCUCCUUCUCAUACCUUGAAGCAACAAUCCAAACGGCGAAAUACCAUGAACAGCCGAGAUGCUGCCUUCGACGAGAAUCUGAAGGAGAUAUUGGAAACCACGGCCGCAGAGGCUGACGCCGUAUACGAUACCAAAAGCAUUCAUUCGAACACAAAUGAGGACGAGGAGGUAGAUGUGGGCCCUACUAGCCGAAGAAAGCGCAAACGAAAAGAGGACGACGCACCUCCAAACAAGCGAACGCGAUCGACGUCGAUAGUAUCGGAUCGGCAGACAGCAUCAGUUCUUUUGCGGGACGAAACUCCUCUUCCAAGCGCACCCAUCAAAACGCCAGUGCUGUCAGUACCUCAACCAAAAGCUCGCGGCAAACGCGGGGGUCGCAAAGCAGCAGCGCACACCGAACCCGUGGUCAAUGAAAAUGGAGAAGUGGUUACGCCUCCAGCGAAACGACAAGGCCACGGUGGUGGCCGGGGGAAAGGCGCGCAUGCCAGGAAGAUUCAAGCAUCGACGGUCCUUGCAAGUGCUGCCCACGAUGGUCGUCGCAACCAAGCCAAUGGACCCAAUGGUUCUGGUGGACCUUCUACCGCGGGCGAAGCCUCACGCGCAUACCGCAAUUCGCAUGCUUAUGUCGUAUCCCAACAACCGUUGCUAACAUCUUGGGGUUUGCCAGAUUAUUUGGCACAUUUAGAGGAGAUAUUUCCUACACCGACGCCUACACCUUUGGAAGUACCAUCGAGCAGCGACAAUGGAAUUGAAGUCAACCAGGAGAGAGGUGUAAAGACGAAGUGGCCUGGAAAGAGGAUGAGUGUGGGCGACAUGAAUAAAAGAGUACGGACGCUGGUAGAGUGGGUGGGCAGAGAGCAGGCGAGUGCCCAGGAGCGGAUGCGCCGUCGCGACGCUCUAGAGAAAGCUCUUAAGGAGGUGCAAGCUGGGGAAGAAGUUGUCCAGAUGCGCGAUGAGCUGAUCAAGAAUGAUGCUUCAGUGUUCCUGGACGGGCAGCCACGAACAGAAUCACCUUUACAGCAACGACCUAACUCUGCGACGCCACAAGUUUCAAUCUCAGAGACAAAGGCUUCAACCAUAUUUUUCAGUUCUUCAUCGUCUGAUACGAUGAAACAGAUGGAACGACUAAUGGAGGAGUUGAUUCGAUUCCAAGAACGAUUCGGGCGAGGCAGACACUAGCAGGAAAGGCAGUGAUAGAAAAACUAAUUAUUGGUAUCGUAUCCAGGCUAUCGAAAACUUGAAUGUACAAUAUUUUAUCAUGAGUCUAAUUGCAUCCGGAACGAUUCAUAGAGUUUAUUUUGGUAUUU